CCCCAGAAGGCCGAAAACCCCACGGCCGAGAACCCAAAAAAUCGCAGCGCGCGAAAACGCAGGAGCAGCCCGCCGACUCGCCACCGCCGCCCCCGCGCACGGCAACGACCACCGGCGGCGGCCGCUGCGGCGGAGGACUAGGAGAUGGCGCCGCUCGUGCCGAUGUCGCAGCCGUGGGUGGAGAAAUACCGGCCAAGGCAGGUCAAGGAUGUGGCGCACCAGGAGGAGGUCGUCCGGGUGCUCACCAACACCCUCCAGACCGCUGAUCUGCCACACAUGCUGUUCUACGGCCCGCCGGGCACCGGGAAGACCACCACUGCACUCGCCAUUGCCUACCAGCUCUACGGUCCAGAGCUGUACAAGUCAAGAGUUUUGGAGCUCAAUGCUAGUGAUGAUCGUGGAAUUAAUGUGGUGAGGACGAAAAUCAAGGAUUUUGCUGCUGUUGCUGUUGGUACUGCACGGAAAGCUGGUUAUCCCUGCCCACCUUACAAGAUGAUUAUACUUGAUGAAGCUGAUUCGAUGACAGAAGAUGCCCAGAAUGCUUUGAGGCGUACUAUGGAGACUUACUCAAAAGUGACCAGAUUCUUUUUUAUAUGCAACUAUAUCAGCAGGAUAAUAGAACCACUUGCAUCUAGAUGUGCAAAGUUUAGGUUCAAGCCUCUUUCAGAAGAAGUGAUGAGCAGUCGUAUUAUGCAUAUAUGCAAUGAAGAAAGUCUCAAUCUUGAUGCUCAGGCGCUGUCCACACUGAGUGCCAUUUCUCAAGGUGAUCUUCGUCGUGCUAUAACCUACCUUCAGAGUGCAGCCCGCUUAUUCGGAUCUUCUAUCUCUUCCAGUGACCUGAUCAGUGUUUCUGGGGUUAUCCCUGAAGAUGUUGUGAAGUCACUGCUUGCAGCCUGCAGAUCUGGUGAAUUUGAUGUUGCAAACAAGGAAGUUAGCAACAUCAUCGCAGAUGGAUAUCCAGUCUCCCAGCUGAUGGCACAGUUUCUAGAUGUAAUUGUUAGUGCGGAUGAUAUUCCAGAUGAGCAAAAGGCAAGGAUAUGUAAAAAGCUUGGGGAAACUGAUAAGUGCUUGGUCGAUGGGGCAGAUGAGUAUCUACAGCUUUUGGAUGUUGCCAGCGAGACAAUUCGUGCUCUUUUCGACAUGCCACAAACGCUGGUCUUCUAAGAGAUGUUCGCAAAGAGGCAUGGUGUUGGUGAUGACCGAUGAUCAUCAUUUGCAAGCCCUGGAAGGCGUCUUUAGAUGCUGCACAGCACAAGGCUAAUCUCCAUCGCUAUUCUGUUGCUGCGUUUUCCUUAGAUUUGUGAUGGGUUAAAGUGUGACUAGCGUGCCCAAAGUUUAGCUGAACUCUGCCUGUGGAUGUCCAGUAUGGCAUGGAACAUUUUCCGUCUUACAUCUUGUGCAUUAUAUUUCCCUCUUGCCCCCUGACGACGCAUUGAUGGCAGAUAGCAGCUUAACAUUGGCAUUCCA